AUGAUUAUCGCUAUCCAUGACCCUGCUGCUCAGUGGGAUGUGCUAAGUGAAGACGAAAUUAAUAGGAUCAAAGAACGAUGCGAGGAAUUAUUAGACUGGUUCACCUAUUUGGAUGCUGAAAGUCUCACAAACUAUGAAAUAGUUGUUCCGAGUGACUAUAUGCAAAAGCGCAAGAAUAAACCGUGUUUCGAUCCCCAUCAGAUGAAGGAUAUCGCUGAUCGUUUUGAAGAAAAGGGUGACAUUGAUUUCGAAACAGAGUUCAACAUGACUCGAGAACAGCUGAUACUUGUCAUUCUGUGCGCGAUCAUGGACGAAUAUAGUCGCGAAUUGUCAGAUUUGAAAUUCUUUGCGCAGGCCCACUACAAACUAGACCAAACGUACCUAUCACAUAUGGUGAAGAAAUUUUUGACUGGAGAUUCCGAUGCUCCGAAGACACCAAAAUCUUUGAUUAUGGAAACCUAUUGCAGCCCCAUAGAUUGUUGUUUAGCUCUCACCAUGGCCUAUUGUGAGGUUAGCGGUUGGCCGUUUUCAUGUGAUUGGAGCGCCAUCAGUUACUCAACGAAGACCUGGACUGAAGAAGAACAGAGUGAGUUCGAGCAACUCACACGAGAGGAGGCAAAACGGCAAUGGGACGCCACAAAGGCUUUUGUUAUGAACCCAUCGUCAACCGAUUUCCAACCAAGUGAUUAUAUGAGGCAAUGUGCCGCAAUGGAGAACCAACUUAAAGCUAUGGUCUCGACGGCGGACAAGGUUCAUGCUGAAAUGCAAGAGCUUGUCACUGCUAUGGGCGCGGCUGCCUUGGCUGAGAAACACGACCAAGUGGUGAAUGAGCGCCGGGAUGCGAUAAGCAACCUUGUUCCACCGAAUUUACGUGAUAGACCACCGCUGACAGAAGAAGAGUUGGAAAAUAUAGAUCGCGAAAUAAGUGAAGUACGUGCUCGUAUAAAAGCAGUAAGGAAACCGAGUGAAUGGCCAGCUCCACCUGCUGAAGGGCUUGCGGGCAGAUUAGUGCUGUCUGAAGGAGACUAUUGUUUGGCUAAAACGGACGAGGUGCCAGUGAUGGUAGUGGGACAGAUUAUAUGCAGGUUGUCCGCCAUGACGUACCAAGUGCAACUGGUCGACAAUGGUAGCAUUGAAGAAGUCGAAACGGGUGACAUUGCUGUACCGAGCGUGCCUAUGUAUGAUCCGGACAUAAAAAGGACCAAUUACAUAGGUUUGUUUUUCGAGAAAGAUCUGAUCAAAUUUGUGUCCGUAUUUGGAACUAUAGCGCCACUUUGGUAA